GGUAGAAAAAUAGUUCCAAAUUGCUUUGCAUUGAAUAAUUAGGACAAAAAUGUGCACAAUUAAGCUCUUUCUUUUUAUCAUUCCUCUAGUUAUUUCUUCCAGAAUUGAACAACAGAAUUCAUCAUUUGAUUCUAUAUCUUCAGAGCCCAAAUCAAGAUUUGCAAUGUUAGAUGAUGUAAAAAUUUUAGCCAAUGGCCUCCUUCAGCUCGGACAUGGUCUUAAAGACUUCGUUCAUAAGACUAAGGGCCAAAUUAAUGACAUAUUUCAAAAACUCAACAUAUUUGACCAGUCCUUCUACGAUCUGUCUCUUCAAACCAACGAGAUCCGAGAAGAGGAGCAGGAACUAAGAAGAGCCACAUCCAAACUACAAGUCAGAAAUGCAGAGGUGAGGAAUAUGUCACUUGAGCUCAGCUCCAAGCUUGAUGGCUUGCUAGAAGAAAAAAGUAUACUGCAGCGAAAAGUCAGACAUCUGGAAGAGCAAUUAACUAAUUUAAUUCAAAAUCAACCUGGAAUUCAGGAACAUGCAGAAGUAACUUCACUUAAAACUUUUGUAGAACAACAAGACAAUAGCAUCAAAGAUCUUCUCCAGACUGUGGAAGAACAAUACAAACAAUUAAACCAACAGCACAGCCAGAUAAAAGAAAUAGAAAACCAGCUCAAAAGGACUGGUACUCAAGAAUCCACAGAAAACUCUCUUUCUUCCAAAUCAAGAGCACCAAGAACUACUCCAACUCUUCAGCUGAAUGAAACAAAACAUACAGAAGGCAUCCCUGCUGAUUGCUCUGCCAUUUACCAGAGAGGUGAACAUGCAAGCGGUGUGUAUACUAUCAAACCAUACAACUCUCAAGUAUUUAACGUCUACUGUUAUACUGAAUCAGGUAGCACAUGGACAUUAAUUCAACACCGAAAAGAUGGAUCUCUGAACUUCAAUGAGACGUGGGAGAACUACAGAAAUGGUUUUGGGCAGCUUGAUGGAGAAUUCUGGCUGGGCCUGGAGAAAAUAUAUUCCAUUGUGACACAAACCAACUACAUUUUACGAAUUGAAUUAGAAGACUGGAAAGACAAUAAGCAUUAUGUUGAGUACUCCUUUCACCUGGGAGAUCACGAGACCAACUACACAUUACGUGUGGCAGAGAUUGCUGGCAAUGUCCCCAUGGCUCUCUUGGAACACCAAGAGUUGAUGUUUUCCACAUGGGAUCACAGGGCAAAGGGGCACCUUGACUGUCCAGAAAGUCAUUCAGGAGGCUGGUGGUGGCACGGUGGAUGUGGAGAAAACAACCUAAAUGGCAAAUAUAAUAAACCAAGGGCAAAAUCUAAGUCAGAGAAGAGAAGAGGAAUAUAUUGGAGAUCUCAAAAUGGAAAGUUACAGUCUAUCAAAUCAUCCAAAAUGUUCAUCCAGCCAAGAGACUUAAAAAGCUUUGAAUGAAUUGAAGGAAAUUAAAACAAAAAUCUACCUAAUAAAUUAACAUUAAACCAUCCCAAAUUACUAUAGUUUGAUAAUCUGGUAUUACAUCCUUAAUUUAAUAAGGCUAAAGAAAUAAAAUUUUAAUUAAUUUUUAAAAAUUAUUUCUCUGUGUGUUGUAGGCACACCAGGAUCUCUUGUCAUUGCAAACAAAUACCUGUCUUACUUUACAUGGGUGGCUAAGGGAUUGGAACCAAGCCAGAAGUCUUUUCAAGCACCUACCUUUAAUUGCUAAGCCAUCUCCAUGACCUGAAUUUUUAAUUAAUUUCAAAGUCACUAUUAACUUAUGACAACAUCAACGCCACCAUUUACCUUACUCAAAAAAAAAAAAAAAUCUAUUAGAGUAUUUCUUCAUAAAUUUUGUAA